AUGAAACAAGAAGUGAUAACUUCAGCUGCUUCUAGAGCUGUUCAUUUAACAGAACAGCUGUUUAAUGAUACGGAGAAAUUGAUGAGUGAUAAGUUUGAUGACACAUACAAACAAUCUGAAAUUGCUUGGAUGCAUUACACAUAUGCAGAUCACCAGUCUCCAAAAAGUUUGAAGAGCAUGGUUCAGUUUUUACCAACAGAGAAUACAAAAAUGAAGGAGAUUUGUCCAGUGAAUCAGAUUGAAGAAUGUGUUAUUGGAAAGUACAGAUCCUACACCGGACACUGUAAUAAUGUAAAAAACCCGUUGAAUGGAGCAUCGUAUGAGAGAUUGAAACGAUUUUUGCCAGCAGAUUAUGCAGAUGGAAUUUCUACACCUCGAUCUAGUAAAUCCGGUCAACCUUUGCCAUCAUCUCGUGCUCUAUCAGCUCUUUUCACUCCAUCUCCAUCUGGACAUGCCACGUGUUCUCUUCUGAUUGCUCCGUUCCUUUCAUUCAUCUAUGAUGACAUUGUUCAUGUUCCGAGCAAUAGAAUUUUCAAGCGUUCCUGGCUCUCCUGGUGGUCCUGGACGUCCUGGUUGUCCUGGGGCUCCUGGGAUUCCAGUGUGGAUCUGGUCCUGGUGGGGCUGGUGGUCCUGGUGGUCCGAUCUCUCCUGGAGUUCCAUCGACUCCAUCGGCUCCAUCGCGUCCUCCAUCUCCAGCUGACGAAUCGACGAAAUGGACGCAUGCUGUCCGGUUUUGGUUUUGGUGACUUCUACGGAAAUGAAAAAGCGAUGCCACUUCCAUGCUGCCGUGGAAACAACUCGCAUCCGGAAUGCUUUGAGAUUCCCGUUCCGGACGAUGACUCCCUUCAAUCAAAGAAUGUAAAAUGUUUACCGUACUCCCGUUCUCUUCUCGUUCCAAACCCAAAAUGCUCAUUUGGUCAACGACAACAAGCCAACAUGGCAACAUCCUAUCUGGAUCUCAGUCAAAUCUAUGGAAACACAAAUGGGUUUGUUAACCGAAUGAGACUGUUCAAAGAUGGAAAACUUGCACUUCGAGCUGUGGGUGGAUUCAAUAAUCAAAUGGGUGUUCCGCCAGCAAAUUUGGAUAACUCCAUUUGUAGAUCAAGCACUGGGAAGCCUUGUUUGUUAGCUGGGAAUAAUAGAAUAAACUUCUUGCCAACAUCCGGUGCUAUGUACACGAUCUGGAUGCGUCAACACAACCUGAUUGCUGAAAAAUUGAGCUUGGUGAAUCCCCAUUGGGAUGAUCAGAAGCUGUUCGAAGAGGGUAGAAGAAUCACUAUUGCUCAAUUCCAACAUGUCACUUUUAACGAGAUGGUGCCAGUAUUGGUUGGAAAAGAACAAUUGAGAGUAAUGGGAAUCAAAUUGCAAAACAGUGGAUAUGACUCGGGAUAUGAUAUUAACAUUGAUGCAUCUGCUUCUAACGUGUUUGCUGCCGCCGCUGGUCAAUUCUUCUUGACUCUUCUUCCAAGCAAAUUCAGCAUUGAGGAUCGAAAGUUUGCUUCUCGAAGCGAAUCUCUUUUGAAACACUUUAAUGAUCCUGCUCUGAUCUACGAGAAGGGGAAGAUCGAUGGAAUGCUAAAGUUCUUGUUGAAUGCUCCGAUUGAAAAACCAGGACUUCAUAGCUCUCCACUAUUGAGAACUGCUUUCCAGAAAAAAGACGAAGCAGAUUCCGUGGACAUCAUCGCAAUGGUGAUUCAAAUGGGAAGAGACCAUGGACUCCCCAGCUAUCUCCAAUGGAGGCAGUUCUGUAAACUCGAAGAUGUCAAUUCAUUCCUGGCUCUUCAAUCUAUUUUCAAACCGUCCGUCAACAUCUCCGACUUUGAACGUUUGUAUGAGUCUCCAGAAGACGUUGAUGUAUUCGUUGGAGGGCUCUCCGAGCAACCAGCCAAAGGAUCUCUCCUCGGACCAACAUUCGCAUGUCUCUUCGCUCAUCAAAUGGCUCAAACCAAAAGAGGAGACAGGCUCUGGUAUGAGAAUUUUGUUUCUCCAUCAGCGUUCACUGCUCCACAAAUUGAUGAGAUUCGGAAGACAACGAUGGCAAGAGUGGUUUGUGAUAACACGGAUACAGUAACCCAUGUUCAGCAUCAUGCAUUCUCCCUUCCGGAUGACUAUGGAAACUGUCCAUUGAGUUGUAACUCUACCGGAAUCAUCCAACCAUUUGACGCCAAACCAUUCAAAGACGAUGAGAAGCUAGCAACCCUUCCAAUCACCAAAGAAACAAUUGAGAAAGCGAUUCGAUUAGGACUCAAACAGUGGCAGAGGUACGAAGAAGGAGAAGGUAGAAGAAUCAGUGCCCAACUUUCUGAUUCCUCACCAUCUGCUCUUGUAUCUCAUGCUCUUCUGAUGGCUCCAAAGAAGGAAUCAAUCGAUAUUGCAAGAACUGCGUCAGUUCUUCGAGAAGCCACAAAUAUUUUGGUUACUGGAAAUGGGUUGAAUAAAGAUGAGAAAUUGCCGGACCUGGAUGUAGAGACACUUCAGAAGAUUCUACCACAGAUUGAUAUUGGAAGCGUUAUUGGAAAUUUUACGCCGUUUUUGGGUCAGUUUAGGUUAAGGGAAACUAAUCUUCCACUAAUUUUGUUUUCAGCUCGAGAUCCCCUUCCCAAAGAACAAUGCCUUCCUGAACCCCUUCCAUGUGAUCAUACAUCCAAAUAUCGUUCCUAUUCUGGAUGGUGUAACAAUUUGAAAAAUCCAAAGUUUGGAAACGCCUUCACCCAAAUGCGACGUCUUCUGGAUCCAGCUUAUGAUGACGGUUUUGACACGCCACGAACUCGUUCCGUACUUGGAUCGGAACUCCCUUCCGCCAGAAAAAUCUCAAAUAUUGUUCAUAGUGACGCUCCAAAGUUCCACGUCAAAUUCACCCACAUGUUGAUGCAAUUCGGUCAAAUUCUAGAUCACGACAUGAUGCAUUCUCCAAUUUCUCGUGGACCAAAGAACACAAUUCUGAAUUGCUCAUCUUGUGACUCAGCUCAAACUCUUUCCAUCCAUUGCUUCCCUAUUAAAAUCGAACCGGAUGAUCCGUUCUUCCCAGCACGACACAGUGACGGAAGACCCAGAUGCAUGCCAUUCGCUAGAAGUCUUCUAGCUCAAGUUUCUCUCGGAUACCGUAAUCAGUUGAAUCAGUUGACAUCAUUUUUGGAUGCGUCUACGAUUUAUGGGUCCACUCAAUGCGAGGCAAAUAAGUUGAGAUUGUUCAGUGAUGGAAAGUUGAACUUCACGGAUUUGGGAUUUAACAAAGAGGCUCUUCCACAAGGAAAUCAGGAGAGGGAUUGUCGUUCGAUUCUUCAAAAUCGACAAAGAAGAUGUUUUGUGGCCGGAGAUGAAAGGAGCAAUGAGCAACCAGGACUGACGGCAAUUCAUAAUAUAUUCUUAAGAGAACAUAAUAGGAUUGCAAGAUAUUUGAAACAAAUCAACAACUUUUGGAGCGAUGAGAAGUUGUUCCAGGAAGCCCGUCGUAUCAACAUUGCACAGCUUCAAAACAUUGUCUACAAAGAAUGGCUUCCAGUAGUUCUUGGAUGUCAGAACGUGGAAAAAUGGGGCCUAAUGCCGCAGUCAUCCGGAUACUUUGAGGGAUACGAUGAUCAGUGUGAUGCCACGAUUUCCCAGGAAAUGUCAACGUCGGCAUUCCGAUUCGGACAUUCACUAAUUCGUGGAGUAUUCACAAGAAUGAAUGAUAACUUCCAGAAUAUGACAAAUCAUGUGAAUUUGACGGAGACAUUCUCCAACCCAUCACCAGUUUAUGAUAAGAACUCAGGACAUAUGGAAUCGAUACUAAUGGGAUUGAUUGGAGCAAGCAGUAUGGCAUUUGAUAGACACAUUGUCACUGCUGUUCGAAAUCAUUUGUUUGCGAAACCAGGAGGUCCGUUGACUGGAUUAGAUCUACCAGCAGUCAAUAUUCAGAGGGCUAGAGAUCAUGGUGUACAGGGAUAUAAUGCUUACAGAAAGUAUUGCGGUCUUCGAAAAGCAUCAACCUUCUCGGAUCUUCGUGACACGAUGACGUCUGACGCUGUAACUGCGCUCGAAACCGCUUAUGCUCAUGUAGAUGACAUUGAUUUGUUCCCUGGAAUUAUGAGUGAAUCGCCAACUCGAGGAUCUCUUGUGGGACCAACACUUGCUUGUUUAAUUGGAGAACAAAUGCAGAGAUUGAAGAAAUGUGAUCGAUUCUAUUAUGAGACAAAUGAUGCGAUGGUCAGAUUCACUCCGGAUCAAUUGGUAGAAAUUCGGAAAGCGAGUCUUUCAAGGAUCAUUUGUGAUAAUAGUGAAUAUGCAGCAAAUAUUCAACCAAAUGUAUUCUUAAUGCCGGAUGACUUAUUUGUGAACCUCCGCGUUGAUUCCAUAAAUAUAAUAAUGCAGCUCGAUAUUUUCAGAAACUCGCCAAUGUCAUGUUCGGAACUGCCAGAAAUGGAUCUGAAUAAAUGGGUGGAUCGUGACUACUGUCUUGUGGAUGAACGAGUUGUAAACCGCGGAAAAACCAAAAGAAUAACUCCAUGUGUUACCUGUACUUGCACUCUUGAAGGUCCCGAAUGUCAUUCGAUCACAAUCAACGACUGUUCCCGUCUGUUUCGUGAUUUCUCACUUGCCGAUGUUCAAAAGGAUCCCGUAUGCCUCAUUCAAUGCUCUCAGCAACUCAAAAAGCUUUGA